CAAUAUAAAUACUUGUUUAAUUUUCUUGUGUAUUUUUUUAUAUCAAGAUUUUUUUAAGCAAUAAUGCAACGACAAUAGUAUAUGAAAAAUCCGAAUUAUCAGCGAUAAGUGGAUUCACGCUUAUCACGUAACUUUCCGCGUAUCAAUGUUCAAGUCGUGCUUCUCAUAAGGAACAAUAUAAUAUACCGUAUGUUUGUCUUAUACUCUUGCUUAUAUGCAUCAUCGCAAUAUCGCGAAACGAUUCGUGUUGUAGCUGCGAUUUCGAACAAAUAAAAAACACGCGUUACACCGACACAUUUUAGUAGGCGAAAAGCAUAAAUUAUUAUCUACAUAACGUCUAACUCAUUGAAUAAAGAAUCUUCUCAGUUACGUAUCAUGAUAAAGAUAAGUUGAAGUUUGACAAUACGUUUAGUUACUAUUUUGAAGCGCUUUGAAUCGCUCGUAAUAUAGACCAAACUUAGAACAAGUUGCGUUUAUCUUGAAUUGAGCUUAUUUAACGUGUAAAGCAGAUAUCGAGCUCAAGACAUAUCGUAAGAUAGCAAGAUAAAAUAUUUGUCUCAUACAUAGCUAUCGUUGACCCAGAUUAAAGAAUAAUUUUGUUUCCUCGCGUCUUAUAAAAGAAUUGUUACAUUAAAUAGUUGACGAAUAUUGUCAACGAAUAGGUUCUUGUACAGUGUCCUUUGAUUUUUCAAUGAUCUUUUAGAUUUUGAUGAGUUAUUUCAAAGGACCCAAGUUUUGAUUAUUCGAUGAGUGUAGCCUGUCUUUUGUAAACUGCAUGUGCAAAUUCAGCUGCGAAACAAAAAUCGCGCGUUUAGCAAAACAAGCUCCGUUCGAAUCUACUUUUGAAUUUUGUAAUUGAUCAUAAAAAUAAUAAAUCAAUAGUUUAUCCGCGCGUUACACUUAUUAUAUGAUAUUAAUGUUGCAUAUUUAUAUGUCAUUAUACAUACGCUAUAUGUGUUUCGGCACGGAGUUUUUCUUUGAUUGUACACGAAUCCUGGCAUUACGCGACACGAAAGAAACGUUGUUGCGUACAAUAGCUUCUAAGUGUAUAGAUAUUCGACGAAGUCUUGUGAUUUCUCGAGCUGAUUUAGGUUUGCGCGCUCAGUAACAGGAAGUUGCCCACGGCACGGCAAGUGCGUGCGAUGCACAUUAAUAUAUCAUUGCUAAUAUAUUGAUAUGUAGAAGUGAGAAAAAAAAGAUAGAAAAAGAAGAGGGGCAGUGUCAUUAAAUUGCACGUGACGGGUGGGGAACAUCGUCAAUCGGGAAGAAACGUCGUUCGCAACAAUAGACCCAGUCACGUAUCAAACCAUGGCGAACAAUGGACGCAGCGUAGGGGAACCGGAAGCGUGUAUAGAAAUCGAACACCCGGGGAUCCGCGUCGCGCUCUCUUCAUUGUCGGAAUGCUUGUUGUCGCAGAUAAAACCUUCAUCUUACGCGUUAACAGAGGCUGAAGAGUCCCCGUUUGAUCGCAUUUUGAUUCGCCAUCAAAUCGGAUGUCGCAUUGUGAUCUGUCAAAGAGUGUAAGAAGAAAAAAACUGAUUUGUUUCUCUGACGCGUAUUAUAUUCAAUAUCGCCGAUACAGACCAAGUUCUCGCUUGAUUAUAUGUCUGAAACUUAUUUUACCAAAGUUAGAAAUUCAUUUUGUUGUUGUUCGUUGGAAUUUCACGUCAUUAUUAUUCUAAACCGAUAAAGUUUCUAUUGUGCUGCAAAUUAAUUUUCUAUCGACUUUCAAGCAAAUUUCUCGUCCGUGAGAAGAAGCAACACAAAGAAAACAGAACCGAAUGAACACUUCUUUGAACAAACCGAAGUCACAACACAAAACAAUGCAAGACAGAAAAGUAGUACAGUUUUAAUCGUAUGCAAGACGAAAGCGAGAAAACGAGCAACAAACGGACUACAGUUUGUCCUUACGUCCUUACUUUUACUCAAUGACAAUAGCGCGAAACGUUCGCAUUGGUGUUAUUGUAAUACCGAGCCAAAACAGAAGAACAGAUGAAACAUUUUUUUUGUAAAAUUAUUUGCGGGAGAAAGCGACAUAAACAGAAAAACACAAAGGCCAAGGAAACGAAGCGAUCAGAUGUGAACGACGGACGUUGCGCCUGUUGCUUGGCACCGUUUUGUCUCAGCCGCAGUGUGCGCUGCAGCAAUUGCGGCAGUAGAAUCUGCAGAAAAGUCUGCUCACGCUGGAACACAUCAGACACUACCUGGCUUUGCAUAUUCUGUCACCAACAGAAAUUUCCGCAGUCAUACAUGACAAGAAGCAAAAAAUGGUUUGAAACCUUCGGCGGCGUGGCAAAUAAGAAAGAGUUACACAACAUCUUCGGCACCGCUAAAUCACAAGUCUACAUCGAAGGACAUGAAGCGCCAAACACAGAGAAGACUCAGGAGCAUCAGGAAAAUAAACGUAUAACAUACGCGAUCAAAAAAUUCGUUGAAAAGAUCAUUGAAGAUAUUAUUAUCGAUAAUGUGGACAACAUGCCAAUCGAGCACCUCUACAAGGAUCCUGAAUGCAAUUUUCGAAUUCCAUCUCGAAAAAAUGACUCGUCUUUGGAGGCGAUCCAAGUUUGGAGCCAAUUUUCGAUUUCUGCGAAAGAAGUGAACCGAUGACCUGCCAAAUCGUGCUGCAUCCUUCGGAACAACCAGUAAUCAGAAGGAGUAAUGUCCGGAGAAUACGGCGG